AUGCAGGCGAUUGCGGCGCCAGAGGCGGAGGGUCUGCAGCUGCACCUCUCCAGCAGCAAUAGAACCGGCUACACAGGAGUUCGCUCUCGCAAUGGCCGCUUUCAGGCUGAGCACGAGCAGAAUGGAAGGAAGGUAUACCUGGGCUCCUUCGACACGGCAGUGCAGGCAGCGGUGGCCUAUGCACGGGAAGUCGGUGAGUACCAGUCCCCGGCUGUGCCAAGGGAGGCAGAGGGGACGCGCUUGUACCUCUCCAGCAGCAAUAGAACCGGCUACCGGGGCGUGCGCAAGACGGACUCUGGACGGUUUCAGGCUGACACGUGGCAGAAUGGAAGGAAGGUAUACCUGGGCACCUUUGAUACGGCGAUUGAGGCUGCGGUGGCGUACGCGCGGGAGGAUAAGACGCAGAGCCGCAAGCGGCCGCGCUGCGCGUUCGCCGGGCGCCCCGUGGUCGGUGUGAUGGCUGCGUGA